UAGACCUAUAAACUCAGCAAACAGAUCGGUUGCUUUACUUUUUCGAAGUCGUCGCCCAGCUCCGACGCCACACCGCACCUUUCUCAGCCGCCGUAGCGUAAAACAGUAUUUAUCCCCGCCCGUACUGCAGAAGAAAAGAAAAGGUAAAUAAUGGCGUACGCAGCAGUGAAGCCGACGAAACCUGGAUUGGAGGAGCCACAGGAAACGAUUCACAAGAUCCGUAUCACUCUUUCCUCCAAAAAUGUUAAGAAUCUCGAGAAAGUGUGUGCUGAUUUGGUACGUGGUGCCAAGGACAAGAGGCUUAGGGUCAAGGGACCAGUGAGAAUGCCUACCAAGGUUCUUCACAUUACUACUCGAAAGUCUCCUUGUGGUGAAGGUACCAACACAUGGGAUAGAUUUGAACUCCGAGUUCACAAGCGAGUGAUUGACCUGUUCAGCUCCCCUGAUGUGGUUAAGCAGAUUACUUCUAUUACUAUUGAACCAGGUGUCGAGGUUGAGGUUACCAUUGCCGAUUCUUAGAUUUCCUUACUUCUUAUCCGCAUUUCCAUCUUUUGUUCACAUAUUGUUAUGAGCCCUGGGUGAAACUUGGAAAUUGCUUUUCAAUGUCUCCAGCUAAUGGGCUCUAAGUCUUGUAGCAAAGUUGUCGUAGGAGUUUUGCUAUUUAAGUGCUGUUGAGUUAAAAGACUGAUUCGAGGAAAGGAUAGCUUGGUUUAUUUUUUCAUAUACCUUUUAACAUACUCGAAUGCACUUCUUAUGAGAUCCAGUCAUUGCAUUGUGUACUAAACAUGCAUGUCAUGUAUACUUCUGUUUGAUUUGAUUUGGUUUGGUUUGGACA